CUCAAAUAAAGGAUCUUUACCUAUGACACCUGGCACGGUUCUUUCUAAGAGCCAGAGUCCUUCUACUCUGAAGCAGAAGGAACUCAUGAUGAAGGUUCCAAACGCCUCUGCGAUUGGAUCCAUCAUGUACGCCAUGAUAUGUACUAGACCUGAUGUCUCAUUCGCUUUAAGCGUGACCAGCAGAUACCAGGGAAGUCCAGGAGAUGGAAGCACACUGGAUAGGUGUCAAGAACAUCCUCAAGUAUCUUCGCAAUACUAAGGAUGCAUUCCAGGCCAUGGAGGGGUGUUCUCACUCUGACCCUGUACGAUUAUUCUCCGUUCUGAAAGAACAACAACGCGAUUGGAUGGCAUCGCAGCUUUCAGAACAAUGGAAACUCAUGGAAGAACAGGUCUCUCGGCUAGCAAAUCAGCUGCAGGAUUUGCAGACACAAGGAUCUGGCAGCUAUCAAGAGUCAGGAAAUUCAUCAAAUCACAAUGGAGGCAGAAAUCCAUUCCAUUUCAAUCCGAAGAUCGAAUUUCCAUCAUUCGAGGGAGGAAAUCCACGAGAAUGGAUCAAGAAAUGCAGACAAUACUUCUCCUUGUGUAAAGUACCUGAAGAACAGCAGGUAAAUUUAGCCUCUAUUCAUCUCAAAGGUAGAGCUGAAAUUUGGUUCAGUAACUAUGGUCAAGGGAGAAAUAACAUGUGUUGGGAUGAGUUUGUCAUGGAUUUGGGGGCCAGAUUCAAGGAAGAUGAUCACAAUGAUAUAGUAGAAGAAUUCAAUAAACUCUGUCAAACAGGAGACUUAGAAGAAUAUGUGGAUAAGUUUGAAGAACUUAAAGGGCUGUUGUUAAGGAAGAGGCCUAACAUGCCUCAGGAGUAUUUCCUGGAUAGCUUUAUUGCAGGACUAAAGCCACAAAUUAAGCCUUUUGUGAAGGCUUUUGCUCCAACAUCAGUAACUAAGGCCAUUAGUUAUGCAAGGUUGCAAGAGCAAACUGUGGAAGCCUGGAGAACUCAAGAUAAAUCCAACAAGCACUCACAACUUCAAUCUAACAUGGGAAGGAAUAAUACACCUUUACUAGCUAAGCCUGAAUCAUCUGCCAAAUCCAGCACUCCAACAGGCUAUCAGGGUGCAUUCAGACCUCAGGGCAGUUACAACACGUCUAGCUCAGCCAAUAAACCAACCUUCACGCAGAGAAAUCCCAAGUUCAUCCCUGCAUCUUGGACUGGUCAGUCCCCAGAAGAUGCCACGUGGGAAUGGGCCGAAGAGUUACUGAGCUACAUUAUCAUCAGCCAAGAUCACUUUUUCUUGUUUGAUCUUCGAAUUGCGAGCCCUCCAAACUGCAUAGCAGGUUGCAGCGAAGCCGGCUAUCAUGAUCUGUCUUCUGUUUCGCCCUUUAAUCCGUUUGAGUUCUUCCUGCAUGUCUGUAUCGUUUUUGUCCUUCCAUUGGUGGAGGAGAAGAAGAAUGCAUUCUCGGAGCUCUCGGACGACACCGUUUUGAACACCUUCCACAAGCUCGAUAUUGACCCUCGCAAUUGGGCCCGCCUCUCCUGCGUCUCCACCAAGUUCUCCUCUCUCAUCCGCAACCUCUACUGUGAGUCCAAUGGUGCUCUCAUUGACGUUAUGGCGAACGAGUCUACCAAUCCAACACUGGCAGCGGUGGAUGCACGCGUGACGUCCGUAAGUCAGGCGCUAGUUCAGAUGCAACAAGAUCUGGAGACUAGGUUCUCUCGGUUAGAGGCCACGAUCCUCUCAAACCGAUCCAUACUUCGUCCUCCACCAGGGGGUCACGGCUCUCCAUCGGGGUCUGGGGGUGAAUCCAAUACGGGUGGGCGGACACUGGGAUACACCCCAAAACCGAAACUGGAGUCUCCCAAAUGUGACGGCAAAGAUCCAGUGCGUUGGCUUUAUAAGGCGGAAGAAUAUUUCAAGUUUUAUGACACACCGCCGGACGAUCGCUUGAAAUGUGUGGCUUUGAUGUUGGAGGGUCCCGCGGCCGAUUGGUUUCGUUGGCGCAUGAAUGCCGGUUUAAUUGAUGAUUGGCAUGACUUCACCCGUAAGUUUAAGCUUCGGUUUGACCCGCUUCACUUUGUGGAUUAUAUUGGGCAGUUGGCAAAACUCCGGCAAACAACGGGCGUUAUGGAGUAUCAAACUGAGUUCGAGCGGAUUUUAUUACAACACGUCACGGGGGCCAGUGAGGAGACACUUAUAUCCUUAUUCCAUGCAGGGUUAAAACAGCAUUUGCAGCAUGAAAUUUGCCUAUUGAAACCCACGUCGCUGUCCGAUUCUUUUGCUCUCGCUCGUGAAUUAGAGGCCAAACAUGCAGCCCUGGUUACCUCGGUCUCUCAACGCCAACUCUUGUGGAACCGUUCUGGUUCCAGAGGUGUUCGGGCAGUGCCUCCCACCUUGGGGGUCCCUUCAGGCUUGGGGAAACCUGCGACCGGGCUGAUUAAACGUCUCUCUCGAGCUGAAAAGAUGGAGAAAGAUGCUAAAGGCUUAUGUUAUAAUUGUGAUCAAAAGUGGUCCAGGGACCAUAAAUGCGGCCGGUUUUUGUUUCUUAUGGGCGACGAUGAGGACGAUCAACUGCCGGUGGAUGUCCCCGAUGAGACAAUGGUGGUAGCCGAUAUCUCUAGCUUGCAUAGCCUAACAGGAGUCUCGUCCCCACGCUCUCUUCGGUUGCAAGGUCGUGUUGGGAAGCAUGAGGUUCAGGUAUUGAUUGACGGCGGAAGUACUCAUAAUUUUGUUCACCCCGACCUCGUCUCCAAAGCACAAUUACCCGUGUCGGCUAUGCCUCCGUUUCGGGUUUAUGUGGGGAACGACGACUACCUUUUAUGCAAUAAACAAUGUGUUGGUAUUGAUCUCGAGUUGCAGGGGACGGUAUUUACGGUGGACUUAUUUGUCCUGUUCGUUCAUGGCCACGAUCUUGUUUUGGGCGUGCAAUGGCUACAGCAAUUAGGCCGGGUCACGCACGAUUACGCAGCAUUAACCAUGGAAUUUCUUUGGCAGAAGAAAACAGUGAGGCUGCAAGGGGGUAGUCCGGAGUUCCGCACUGUGUCUCUAAAUUCUCUCCAUGCAUUAAGGACCUCUGCCAAUGUCACGGAGUGGUUCGAACUUCAGUUCUUGGGGGAAAUUGGCCAAUUGAACACUCUCGAGACCACGCCGAGUACCUCUUCGUCGUCAACACCCACGGUUUGCCCAGCGGCUAUUGAACAGGCACUAACAGCUUAUGCAGCCGUCUUUGAUGUUCCCUCAGGAUUACCUCCGCGUCGUGCCGCCGAUCACCGCUUAUUUUUACAGCCCGGCACCGCACCAGUUAAUGCUUUCGAGGACUUGAAGAACGCAAUGAUCUCUACACCGGUCUUAUGCCUUCCCGAUUUUUCGUUGUUGUUCGUGGUGGAGACCGACGCUUGUGCCACGGGAAUUGGGGCUGUUUUGCUCCAAGGCGAACAACCGGUGGCGUUCUUCAGUAAGAAGUUGGGGCCUCGGCUUUUAGCCGCCUCGACCUACCAUAAAGAAUUGUACGCCAUUGUAGAAGCGGUACAAAAGUGGCGGCAAUACCUGUUGGGGCGUGAAUUCUUAAUACGGACGGACCAACGCAGCUUGAAGCAAUUGGUCCAGCAAGUCAUCCAGACCCCGGAUCAACAGUUUUACGUUCGUAAACUCCUUGGGUUUUGUUUUCGGAUCGAAUACAAGACAGGGGCGUCUAAUAAAGUUGCCGAUGCCCUUUCUCGAAUGCACGAGGAGGAUGUUUCGAUGAUGAUCUUCUUGGCUAUGUCUACUCCGGUUCUGCAGUUACUCGAAGCCAUCCGUCAGGGCAAUACCACGGAACCUGACCUCCGCCGCCUACACGAAGAGCAUGCCAGGGGGGAGGGUCCCCUGCCUUCGGUCGACGCCCUACUUACGGAACGUACAGAGCUUCUACGGAUCUUACGUUCUAAUCUCGAGAGGGCACAACAGCGGAUGCGUGAAAUGGCCAACAAAAAACGGCGUGAGUUAAGUUUUGCUGUGGGGGACUGGGUUUUGUUGAAGCUACAGCCGUACAGGCAAGUUUCGGUGCACCAGCGCUCUUCUCACAAAUUAUCUCGCCGCUAUUAUGGUCCCUUCGAGGUGGCGGCCAGAAUUGGGGAGACUGCUUAUCGUCUGGUGUUUCCGGAUCAUGCCCGAAUUCAUCCCGUUUUUCAUGUAUCCCUCCUCAAACCUUACAGGGGACCCCAGACGCCGGCGGCCGUAGCAACCCUGCCGAGCGACUACGUGGAUGGGCGCCCAGUGUCGCAACCACUGCGUGUGCUGGAUUAUUGCACUAUCUUGGUGAAUGGUGGCUUAGAGCAGCAGGCACUUGUAGAAUGGACGGAGGGCGGCGUGACUGAAGCUACAUGGGAAUCAGUGGAUGAUCUACGCAGGUGCUAUCCCUUUCUCCACCUUGCGGACAAGGAGGAUCCUCCACAUCCUUCUGUCUUCAAAAGCGCGGUUGAUGGCAGCUCCCAACAACCUGAUUGCGGCUGGUCAUUGUUUGACGAUCUGAUGUUUGAUACGCUCUGCGAUCCUUCCGAAUUGUCCCGAGCUGACGAGGAUCCUCCGUCUGAAGCAGCGAUUAAGAGAGGAUCACUCUGCAUUUCCAAAUGGCGGGGCUGCCUCCACGUCGAGGAGAGGAGGAACUACAUGCUUUUUAGAGGGAUCAUCAAGAACUUCAAGCAGUCUAGGGUUUGGAGGACGAUCAACGACAAGAACCGGAAACAAACAGCUCUCAACUGUGCAUUCUGCACUGCCAAACACACCUGGGACCUGUAUUCUGCAUUCUGCCUCAGAAGGUAUUUCGGGUUUCACGAAGAUGGCGAACAGGUUGUUCGAGCCUAUGUCUUACUUGAAUAUGAUGCACCUUAUAAUGGUGGAUACCACCAAAAUGUUGCCUCUCUCCACUACGUCGAUAUCCCCAGAUUCUCAUUGGCUAGUGUUACUUCCCGUUCGUGAAACGUCCAAGAUUGGGUACUUGGAGACAUCCCAACACCCAAAUCUUUUGCAGAAUUUUGAAAUGUUGAUGUUUUCAUGUUUUUUACCUUGUUACCAUCUCGGUGCAACUUAGUUCAUGUGCACUACUUAUAUGUAGUGUGUCUGUUUUUGUGAUUGUCUUGCUAGGGAUCCACACAAGAGAGGGUGUCUACCUGAUAGUAGUCUUACCAUUAAAGUCUUAGAGUAAGA